CACCGUGGGAAUUCACUUUCCGCGUGUUCCCCUUCAUAAACAAGGCUACCCCAAGGCUAUGGGAAGAGACCGUGCACAUGCUUCUACUGGGCAGAGACGGCAAAAACGUCGCCAUGAUCCUCAACAUCAAGUGGAAGAGGACUCCCCUCCGAGUCCUCCUCCAAGGGAACUUCACCCUAACCAUCGCCCCGGCAAGGAACCUGCCGGCAGCAGCCAAGCCUCAUCUCGUGCAGCUCGUCAGGCCCCUUACAUGAUGCCAAGCAUGGCUGUGCCUCCUCCUUCUCAAGCAAAUCCAUCAAGACGAGGAAUUGCUUGGGAAAUCUGCCCUCGCACACCUCCACGUCUUCAAAUCGAAUAUCAAGAAGAUCAACGUCAAUAUCCUAGGUGCCCGAAGCUUACCCGUCCUCAAAUUCUGCCCGAGUUUACUGUUUCCAUGGGAAGAAACAACUUCAAGCAAAUAGUGGCACUCACCAAUGCACGCAAGGAGGACGUGUACAAGUAUGAGAAGGCAGAAAACUUGGAAAGGAGAUUUUGGUGUCAGUUGCAUCAAGAUUUCUACUCCUCUGUCAUCAUGCACAAGGGCAAGGCCCCAAUUGUCUCUUGCAAGUAUGUUGAUUGGGCAUAUUUUGAGAAGCUCAACGAUCCAUUCUUCAAUCAAGCCAUUGCAAAGUACAAGGAAUUCGGACUCUAUGACAUCAUGGGGUUUAGGUACGAUUGGAAUGAGGAGAUACUUGCUCAAUUUCACUCCUCUCUAUUUUAUGAGCAAGGCAAAUUGCCUUCUUUUGGACCACCGAGGGGGUGAAGUAUGGGGUAGAUUAUAUGACCUUCUCUAGACUUCUUGGACUUGGCUUAGAGGAUGAGAAGAGAGAUCCAAUUCAUGUGGAAAAUCAAUUGAAGCCAAAUCAGCUACCGGCCCUCUUCUACAAUCCGAUUCUAGCGGAAGCCGGUAAUGCAAGCACCCUCAACCUUUCUACUAUACAAUGAAUCAGUUCUUUCAUGCCACCAUUGAUGCCAAGGAUUGAUGCAAUUUAGAGAGAAAGAGCAGUGCGAACUAAAAAAAAAGAUAAUCGGGAGAUGAAAAAGAUACAUAGACAUCUAAAGUAAAGGGAUGUAUAUAUUAUUCCUAUAUAUAUCAUCUAUCUAUGAAAAAAGUAAACAGAGUUCGUUUUUGGGUUCCCCGAAGCCCCGAAUGGAUUGGAUCGUUUCUGCUUCUGCCAACGAAUGCUACAGCACUAAGAUACUUUGCUUGCAACCUUCUUGCCCGUGUCAUGCUCGGUGGGAGACCCUUCUCCAUUAUGGAUUUUAUUUGGAAUGAGUUAAGGAGGACGAUGAAUGAUCCCUAGAAAUUUCUACCAUCUGCUCCUUAUAUCAUGUACAUGAUCGAGAGGGUUACCAAGGUCACUUUUCCUAAGGACUGCAAGCAUACAGCUCUUCACCUUCGUCCUCGGUCCGGUGAUGCACCGCACGCUCCUCCUCUUCAUGCGGUGCUACAAGGAAUCCGAGAUUUGAUCCCGCUCCAUCUCAUUCUGGUGUAUGUUCUUCCUCUCGCCACCAUCAUCAUGAUUCGUUCCUCAAGCGGGCACUCAAGAGCAUCUUUAGCAUGUGCAAGACCGCAACUCAUGAGAUUAAUGAAAACCACCAUGACAUUAUUAAGAUCAAGGGUCACUUAGGACUUCCAGCGGAUCCCUACCAUGAGUUGCCCGAGUUUGAUGACCCAUUUGCCAAGUGGGAUGCUGCGGAUGAGACCGCCAUUGCUGCUGCUCAUGCUCCACUUCCUCGCCCACGUCGACGCACCCGUGCUCCUACACACUCUCGUCACUCUCCUCCUCAUGGCCAAGAGAUCUUUGAUGAAGAGGAAGAGACCGAGGAAGAAGAACCCCACAACUACCGCGAGAUACCCUACUCGGAUGACGAUGAGGAUACCUCCAAUGAGGACGCCCAAGAUGAUGAUGAGUAGAAGACCUCCUUGCUCUUUUUCAUUCCCUUUUUGGCACUUGAUGACAAAGGGGGAGUGAAAAUGAUCAUUUAUGUACUCAUUUGGGCUUUGUAUCAAACUUAAUGUUGUCUUAUCGUUUCGCUUGAACAAUCUUUGUGUAAGGACUAUGUGGUGUGAGAAAACUUGUAAUGUGUGUUACUCUGUGUUGAUUGUCAGUUUGAAGUUUAUUUUAAGGCUGAAGUGAUAGUGUGACUCUUAUUUAAAUUGUGAUGCAGUGUUAUUUUUUUCGGGGUUCUAUGCUGAUGGUCCGGAUACUCCGGAAAUACUUCCGGAUACUCCGGACACGUGAUCCGGAGUCUCCGGACAUAUACCCGGAGUCUCCGAGUUCUGUUGACAACACAAGUUUUUCUUGAUUGAAUAACAUGACAUGUGCAUUACACACUAUCUCAGCACACACUUGCUCACCCCACUGUAGAGUGUACAAAGAGCUUUCAUAUCUUCUCCUAAUAUGCCAACUUUGACUUUUGAGAAGUCAAUUUGAAAUUCAAAUUCAUGGAAUACAUUAAGGGAGAGCUCUUUACAUUCCUAAGUUUACAUCUUUAUGGUUAUCAAAUGAGAUACAUGUGGGUUGUCAUCAAUCACCAAAAAGGGGGAGAUUGAAAUAUAUAUAGGCCCCUUAGUGGAUUUUGGUGAUAGAUGACAAAGCACAUGUAUAUUUAAUCAUGUUAUUAAGCAUGUGUGCAGGUGCUAAGGGUGACUAAGCAAAGCAUAUAACGAAGCAUGAACCCUCAAAAAGGAUAUGAAAAGCGGUGUUUUC